AUGGACAACGCACGCGGACAAACUCAAGCUCGUCUGGACGCUGCCUGCUUCUGGCAGAUCUGGCAGCGCUUUGACAAGGAAGAAAAAGGUUACAUAAGAGAGACAGAGCUGGAUGCCUUCUUUGAUCAUUUGCUGGUGCAAUCUGGCACUGAGGACACUCUUAUGGAAGAAAAUGUGCAGAAAGUGAAAGAACAGUUGAUGACCAGGCACGACAUCUCUAAGGAAGGCCGCAUUCCGAUGAAAGAGCUUGCCAGUAUGUUCUUAUCUGAGGAUGAAAAUUUCCUCCUGUUCUUUCGCCUGGAAACUCCCUUGGAUAACAGUGUGGAGUUUAUGCAGAUUUGGCGCAAAUAUGAUGCGGACAGCAGUGGCUUCAUAUCAGCUGCUGAGCUUUGCAACUUUCUCCGAGACCUUUUCCUCCACCACAAAAAGAUCAUUUCCGAGGCGGAACUGGAAGAGUAUACUAGCACCAUGAUGAAGAUCUUUGACAAAAAUAAAGAUGGCCGUUUGGAUCUUAAUGACUUGGCAAGGAUUCUGGCUCUUCAGGAAAACUUCCUUCUUCAGUUUAAAAUGGAUGCUUCUUCUGCUGAAGAAAGGAAGAGGGACUUUGAGAAAAUCUUUGCCCAUUAUGAUGUUAGUAAAACUGGAGCCCUGGAAGGCCCAGAAGUGGACGGAUUUGUCAAAGACAUGAUGGAGCUGGUCCAGCCCAGCAUCAGCGGUGUGGAUCUGGAUAAGUUCCGGGAGAUUCUGCUUCGCCAUUGCGAUGUGAACAAGGAUGGGAAGAUUCAGAAGUCUGAGCUGGCACUGUGUCUUGGGCUAAAAAUAAAGCCCUGAUCCCCAGCUACUCUGCUCCCCACUUACGACGUGUCUGCGCUCUUGCUGUGAAAAGUGUGUUUGUGCUUUGCUCUCAGGUACCCCGUUAAGGGACCUUCUUCCUGACAGUUUGGUACUCUGACAGAGGGAGGGGCCGUAGGGUGCUGCUUCCACAGGCAGCCGUGAUCUUGUCCCAUGGGUAGCCCCCAUACAGCUUCCUCCAUGUUCGUUCCUUGACCUUGGCUUAUCUCCUCAAGGGCCUCAGUUUACCUGCUCUGUUCAACCUUCCCUAUCACCUGGUGAUCCAUUCUACCAUCUC